AUGAUAUGGCAAAAAGGCCUGGCCUUUCUUGAAAAUUCACAUUUGCCCUGUGACCCAAAAGGCGCUCGUGGCAAUGUAACCGAGUGGUUAGCGUGUCAAGUUCCCAUCCUGCACUGUCGCGGUUCGACUCCCGCUGAGGGUGUUGAUAAGACCGACGCGAGGUCGAAACUGCAGUCCACCCUGGAUGAGAACAACUUUCAGGAAAGCAAGGCUAUGUAUAAAUCAAUGGAAGCGUCAGCUCGACUCAUAUCAUUUUAA